GCUACGGAUGAUAGACAGAGCCAGCCAGGAGGCAUCUAGACGGCUAGGCUGAGUGCAUAGGUUGGCGCAGGCGUCCCUGCAGUGUACGAGUCAUUUUAUAGUAAUCUAUUCGGUAGUAGAAGCAGGAUGUUCCUGAUCCAGCCGUCUCUUUUCGCAGCAUCGAUCUACAUGAUUCUAGGGCGUAUUAUUCGCAUGCUCAACGGAGUAAUCAAUUCUCUUGAGAGGCCAUCAUGGCUAACCAAAAUAUUUGUAACGGGGGACGUCUUGUCUUUUCUGAUCCAGAGUGGAUGCGGCGGCAUGCUCGCGACUGCAAAGACUCAGGAUAAAUUAGACCUCGGCCAACAUGGUCAUUAUCGGCCUAUUUGUGCAAAUCUUGUUUUUUGCCUUCUUUAUCGUCGUUUCAGUCAUUUUUCACCGCGGAAUGCUUGCAACCCCUAUUCACGCGAUCGUAUUUACGGAGAUCCCCUAGACGUGGUAUAUGAGCACACUGUAUGCAGCUAGUGCGCUGAUAAUGGUUCGAUCAAUUUACCGUGUUGCUGAAUAUAUACAAGGCAGCGAUGGGUAUUUUCAGAGAAAAGAAGCUUAUGUCUAUAUUUUUGAUGCAUCAGCGAUGUUUGCUUGCUGCUUACUGUUCAAUGUCCUUCACCCGAGUAAGAUUGUGUCGAGACAGAAGAUGAAAGAUGUAGAUGGGGAGGGUGUUGAGAUGCUGGAGAGUGCUAGAUAC